AUUUAGUGUGAAAUGGAUUCUUGAAGGAAUCAAGUGAACUUUUUUGCGUUUAAGUGUCAAUUUUCCUCAUCGAUGGAAUAAUUAUACUUUCUUCAAAUGUGUUCGAAACCUAAGUCCAACGGCGGCCCUUUCUAUUCUGUCGUCUACUGACUGUCAUCAUAGAUUCCUGUCAUCUGCCCGCUGUCAAUGUUUUUGUUCGCCAAAAAAAUGGAUAGUGGCGAUGAUUAACAAUUUUAGGAACAAGCAUGCGGCAAGUUUCAUGCUCUAAUCUUUGUGGUAACCAUGAAUUAGUGUGCGUACUCAUAAAAUAUGGGUUCGAGAAUCAGAGAAAAUGUUAAGCACUUAUUCCAGUGUUUCUGUGAAGUAGUGCAACCUCAACCACCUGAUAAAGACCCAUGGAUUAUCCAAAAGUUUCCUGAACUGUACAACGAUGAAGAGAUAUUAAAAUCUGUCCCUAAAUUUGCAUACCCAUGUGAAUUUAAAAACACUGUCAUUCAGCACUAUUCAUUUGUCUUAACUAGCAUUGACUCUAAGUGGACUUUUGGAUUUUGUCGCCAUGAUCCUAAAACUGAAACAGCCUUGGUCCUACUUAGCUUUCUUCCUUGGCAUGAAACUUUCUAUAAAUUACUGGACAUUAUUGGAGAAAUGGUAAUAUCCAGUAAAUCUGGAGCUGAACAGCUAUGGACUUUCUUGGAUGCUGUGUAUAACAGUAAUGUACCAGAACAGGGAGGAAGAUUGCAAGUUCCUUAUAAUCAUGGCCUUAGUAACUUCACCUGUCAAGCUCCAAACCAACUUCUACUUCCGAGCAUUCCAGAAAAUCGCAAUCUUAUGGAAUAUUAUAGUGCUGUUGAUGGAACCAAUAUGAUGAUAAUAUUUGCGUCAAUGCUUUAUGAGCGCCGAAUUGUUUUCACAUCAACCCGUCUGAGUAGAUUGAGUGCUUGUGCACAAGCUGCUAACGCCAUUAUCUAUCCAAUGAACUGGCAACACAUUUUCAUCCCAGUCCUACCUCUUCCAUUAAUUGAUUAUCUUCUUGCACCUAUGCCUUUCCUAAUAGGAGUUCCGACAAGUACAUUCAAGAGAGUUCGUAAAGCUGAUAUGGGUGAAGUAGUUGUUUUGGAUGCAGACAGCAACUCUGUAGAGACACCAUUCAAUGAUUUAGAAAGUUUACCAGUGGAUGUUGUUAACACACUUAAAAGAGAACUCAGAAAUCAAAUAUCUCUAGGGGAUGGAGUGUCUCGUGCUUUCUUGCGGGCCCUUGUGCAACUCAUAGGAGGAUAUAGGGAUGCUUUGAGGUUUCAUCAAGGAGAACGUAUCACUUUUAAUGCUGAUGCCUUUGUUGAGUCAAGACCUCCAAACAUGCAACCUUUUUUAAGAAAAAUGCUGCAACUUCAAAUAUUUCAACAGUUUAUUGAAGAACGACUUGAUAUGCUUAAUGCAGGACUUGGUUUCUCGGAUGAGUUUGAACUGGAAGCAUGUAAUUACUCUGACAAAACAAGUAGAAAAUUGAAACAACAGUAUAAAGAAUGGUUGAGCACUGUGCGAAAAGAAGGUUCAGCGUUUCUUAAGAGUGUGAAAAAUAAAGCCAAUCCUGCUAUGAAGUCGGCAGUUAAAUCGGUCAAGGAUCGAGGGAAGGACGUAAAAAGUGCUUACAAAGUCUUAAUUAGAUCUAAAUUCCGGGAGCUCCAACCACCAUCAAGAGAGUACCCUGAAAAUGUAGACAAAGAUCUACCUAUGCCUAGGGAGAGGUCUAAUUCUGCACCAAACACUCCACCUCAAAAAAGAAGACCAGCAACUCUGUCACCAUUUAUCAAACUCAGCCCCACGGCAUCUGUUUCAUAUAGAAAAGACCCAUCGCUUACAGGAAGGAAAUCGUCAAUGCAAGAACAUAGGAGUAAUUAUUCUACACUGAGCCCUGGUGAGGCCUCAUGUGGAUCAGUUUCCCCUCCUGAUUGUGGUUCUCCCGGUUUGAAAUUGUCACCCAUUGACACAGAUUUAAUGGGAGAAUUACAGGAAGUAAUUUUCCAGAAGUGUUCUUCACUAAUGGGUGACCAUAAAGGAGAACCUGUCCCUCCAGUGGAUCGCACGCUAAAGCCGGUGCGCAGCUUUGAAAACUUUGGCAGCAGAGCCCAGGGAUCCAGCACUCUUGGCUUUUAUCCGCAAAGCCCUAUUAGUGGUGCAACAUGUAUCACUCAGGCUCCACCAGCAAGGUCUGGUGUUCAAGUAUCCUCCCCUAUUGCUUCUUUUCAUACUCCUCCAAAGCCAUUCACUCCUGAACUAGAAUUUCAACAAUUUCCUCUUGCCUACAGCACCCCAAAGGCCGAAACCAAUGCCUUCACACCAAGCCCUGAUGAUGUUUUCACAUCCUUUGCUCAAAUACCCAGUGGGAGGCGUUCAGCCAUACCAAUUUCCUCAUCCUCUGUUCCUAUCUCGACACCAACUAUGCCACUCACCGCACCACCAACGCGUCCAUCCCGGGCUGUCAAGGCCUCUCAAAGUCCCAAUGACCUUAUCAGGUUAGAUUCCACUCCAAGCUUUGAAGAUUUUGAUCCACUUUCAUCAAAUAAUGCUUCUAGUGCCGUUCAGUAUACCUAUGGAGGACCAGCAAAUAUUAACAGCAGCAACAAUAAUGUGCCACACAAGCUGAAAGAACCGUCCAUAUCCAACCCUCUUUAUCCAUAUUUUGCUCCUCUAGGAAACACAAGCUUUCUUUAUCCAACAGAAGUUAUGUCUCCACAUAGCAGGAAUGCUGCAUCUUUACCACCGCAGCCUGGUUGCAGUAGCAAUAUAAAUCAAAGUCGGUUUGAGUCCCAAGAUUCUGAACUCCUAAAAGAGUAUGGAUUAGACUUUAAGAGCCUCUCUUUGCAAAACGGAGGACAUUCUUUGUCUCCUAAUGGAUCAGUUCUGAAACCCAUUGUUACUGAUCCAUUUGAAGAAGUUGAACGAUUGGUUAAAGACACUCAGCAACAGCAAUUAAAUGCAAAUCAAAGCAUGUGGACGAAAUUUGAGUAGCAAAAAUAGCAAAAAUUGAAUUCAUUUUUUUGAAAAUUGUUAUGUAUAAGUUACAUUAUGUUACUGUCCCUAGUAAGAGAACUGUUUUGGGUUGUGUUCACAAUGGUAGGCUUAUCUACCUUAAUUGUGCCAUUUUUUCAAUCAUACCCUAUGUAGAAAGAAUGUGUUGAUUUGUCAAGGCAUUUGAAUCAUUCAAACAUAUUUCCCAGAUAUUUUACAUUGGUCAAUUUGUGGACACCCUCUAUCAACCAAAUUGAUUGUAAAGCUCGCACAGUCCGUCCUUCAAAUUCCAUUGCAAAUGCAACGUUUAAAAGAACAUCCUCCCAAAAAAGCAGUAUAGUGUAGCCUAAUGUAUUUUAUAAUUUUGAAAAUUUAUGAAUUAAAUUGUAUAUUACCUUUUUUGCCACUGAUCUUUUUAAAAGAAGUUGUCAAAGGAAUAUGGAUGUGAACCACUCGUUUAAGUUCCUACUAAUAUGUUUUGCUUUCUCAUGAUGAAAGCAGGGUGUUAAUCUAUCUAACAUUGGUCAGUGAACAAAGUAUUCACAAAUUGUAUUGCCACGCCAUGGUUGCACUUAGAAAUUGGAUUUAGGUGAUAAUUUUGGUUUGUGUGAAUUGCAACAGAAAUUUGAUUUGGAUUUUUUGAUGUGGUACUUUAGUAUAUUUGCGUAGGUUUACUUGUGAAAGUGGCAUGAUUUAUUUUGUUUAUGGGUUUCUGUGGAAUCAUCACAUAAUAUAAUUAAUUGAGCAAGAAAAUAAAAUUUUAAAAUUGUUGCAAUUUAUAUUAGUACAGCACUGUUUACUUGAAAUCAGUUUCCUUUGAAGUGUAAAUGUGUAGAAAAUAAUGUAGGGGCAUAUCUCAAUAUGUACUAAUACAUUUAAGAUCAUCUUACUUCAUAACUAUAAAAGAAAAGGGGUAUGUGCCAUGCCAAAGAUUCCUUGAAUGAGAAGUUGGGAUAUGGCCUAAUUAAAGACCAAUAGUUAACCAAAAUUAUGGUAAAAUCAUAUUAUCCUCUUUCAAGUUAGAUAUAACAUAGUGUUGUACAUACUGUUUUCAUAGUUUAUAUGUAUUUGUGUAGAAAGUUGAUGUGAUGUGAAAGACCAGUUACUGAUUUUUCAUGGACUGUCCUAAUUGCAGUAAUUGUGGCAAAUCUAUGUAUUACUAAAUUCAUUGGUAUCAACCAAACAAUCUAAAUUGUUGAGCUUAUUUCAUGUUUCAAUUGUGCACUGAGAUUUAUAAAUGUGGAUAUUAAUUGUUAUGAUGGACCAUGUUACUGUGAGCAGCAGCAGGUUUUUGAAUCUACUAUCGCUUUUUGGAGAUUACCUUUUGUCUAUCACUACUUAUAAAAUUUAAAACUUAUUUGCCUUUGAAGCAGCCAUUUUUGCAGACCAGGCUUAGUUUUCUAUGCUAGUCAAUUAAGUUGAUAUUUUCAUUUAUUGCUCGUUUUCACCUCAUAUAAAAUAUCUUUGUAAUUGAAGCUGGUUCUCUGAAAAUCACCAGUGUUCAAUCUUGGUAACCAUCAUGCCCUCAUUAUUUUCCUUUAUCUGUUGUUUAAUUUGAGAGUUGUUUUUACCUUUUUGUCUUGCCUUAUGGGUCUUUCUGCUUUCGCUGGAUUCAUACUUUAGUCAUUACUAUGUCAUAUCUUUUUAAAUGCAAUAGCUCUACCCAAUGCAAACAAUAAUUCAGUGAGUGAGAAAUCAAAUUUUGGAAUUUCAAAGAAUUUUCUUUUUUGCUGUGAUCUAAAACAUCACUGUGAUGUAUGUCUUCAAUGUUUGUUCUUUUCGGGUAAGAUGCAGAGAGCCUAGUUCAUCCAUAUUUCAUAUUCUAUAAAUGUAUAUUUAAGUUACUGAGAAUGUGAUAUUUAAUUCCAACACACAUCCACUGGCGAGGAUAUGCAAUUGUUUGACAUUAAUUUUCUCAAAUAUGUGAACAUCCAGAGGGAAAUGAUCUGUCACUUGUGACAGUGUUAUGUACAUUGUUUUCUUAUAUUUUAUUGUCAUGUUUAGAUUAAGAGAGUUGAGUCCCUGUGGUAUUCUAGGAUACAAUAGUUACGAAACAUUGUAGUAUGCUUCAUGCCAGGUCUUGUUUUAUGUUUGGCACACGGUGCAGUUUGUAUGUUAAGCGUAAUAGUGUUAGAAGUCGAGUAAUUUCACCAUUAAGUGACAGUGGAGAAUACUGUCAUGGUACAUUAGCAGACUGGAUUAAUUUUCUGUACAUUACUUGAGUAAUGUUGACAUCACCCUGGACAAAUCCUAUCAGGUGGUUAAUUAAGGUUGCAGACAUUACCCACUUCUCCUUACCAAAUCUCUCUUGCUAAUUAUGAAAUUUAACAUAAACCAAAUAUGACCUGUGUAGGAUCUUCCAAACUGUGAUUGGGCACCUUCGUGCACAAAUGGCCAAUCUCAGUUCUUGAGAUAUUCUUUUGUUGAUGCUGAUGCUGACUUGCUGUCGUGCUGAUCGUCACCACUUGCCUUAUCUUGAUAGAACCAUGGUCAUUUGUAAAUGGUCUAGCUGUCCUGAACCUGUUCCUUAUCACAAAAUACUGUGCACAAAAUGUUAUGUGUUACUUUUCUGAGAGUAGUCUGCUAAGACAAAGUCUACCUAGAAUUGCAUUAGAAUAAUUCUGCAGAAUGUAAUGAAUAUAGUAAGUGGGUAAAAAUCUAAGAAUGAUUUAGCUCAAAUGACUGUUAGGUUGUAGUGUGACAUAAAUGUUUAGUUGUGCCCACUUGAAAAGAACACAAGUCACAUUAGUAUGCUGACACUUCGAGAGCUAAACUGUAUCUAAUAAAUGCUUUCAUCGUUAGGUUCACAGGUUUUGACAUUAACUUUUUAAGUCAGAAACAAGUCCAGUUUGUAUUAUUUCUUUUAAAUAAUCUGUGUGAUAUUCAGCAAAGAAAGAUAGACAUUACAUCCAACCAAGCUUUAUUAGGUUGUUAUACUGUACAGAACUGAAAAAUUGUUUGUAUCGAGUUUUGUGUUAAAAAUGUCAUAGUGAUUUUGACCACGAUCUGAAUGGAUGUGGAUAACACAUUGAUCAACUUUAAUUUCUCAUAUGUAGAAAGAAAAGCAUCGUAAUGACAAAAAAAGUACAACCUCAUUAAUCUCAAGUAUUCUUUUGUCUUGUAAUUACUGUGUGUUAAAAGGGUUCCGUAGAUAUGUUUAUAAUUUGAGUGUAGAGAAGGGUGGACUGUGAAAGGGAUAUUGGCAAUUGGGACGUUAUAAGUCAUGGAAAUGUCAAAGUAUAAGACCUGUUGAUGAAGCUGUGAUAAGGAAGACUAUGUACAUGUACUCAAUAUAUGCCUAUUUGGCUCUUGUAUAUGUACCUAUAUAUAUGUAUAUAUAUCUAUAUAUACAAACUGUUUCUCAAAUGAAAUUAUUGUCUAUAAA